CGCGGCAGGGCCGGGGGAGCGGGCGGAAGGAGGUAGCAUUUGAAAUGGCUGGCAGAUGCAGGAGGCAACUGGGGGUUUUUGACCUGUGUCAAGCAAAAGUCCUCCUGCUGGUGAAAGCUAUUUGAUUAACAAAAUGAAGCCUGCAAAGCUGCACUGUUGGUUUCUGGGUUGUUUUUCUGUGGCAUUAUGCUGUUGCUGUGCUUCAGAUAAGUUCACUCAAAGUGACAACCACCCUCAUACCUGGAAGAAGCUGUAUCUUGCUCAUCAUUGGCCAGUGACUGUAUGUAAGAUGAGUGCUAAUGAUUGUCAAGACCCUCCAGAAUACUGGACAAUCCAUGGACUGUGGCCUGACAAAACUGAAGAGUGUAAUAGGACAUGGCAUUUCAAUGUCACCGAGAUUAAGGAUCUUAUGUCAGACAUGAGACGCUAUUGGCCUGAUGUGCUUCAUUCAUCUCUGAAUCGCACCCAGUUCUGGAAACAUGAGUGGGAGAAACAUGGCACAUGUGCAGCCACGCUUCAGGUACUUAAUUCUCAGAAGAAAUACUUUGGAAAGGCCUUAGAACUCUACCAGCAUGUUGAUCUUAACAGUUGUCUUCUGAAAGCUGGGAUAAAGCCGAGCAGUUCAUAUUACCAGAUGACUGCCAUAAAGGAAGCUCUUACAAGAUUUUACGGUGUAAUGCCAAAGAUCCAAUGUCUUCCUCCAGAAGAGGGUGAAAAAGCACAAACAAUUGGUCAGAUUGAAUUCUGCUUCACCAAAGAACUGCAGCUGAGAAACUGCACGGCGCUGAAAGGUGAAAACGAGCCAGUGCAGGCUGACUUGAAGCUUGGAACUGAGGAGUUGUCUGUCUGCAGUGAUACUCUCCCAACCUAUUAUCCUUCACAGGUCCAAGAUCACAAGUGAAGCUAUAAGAGUUUGAAAAAAAUUUUUAUAUCUGCAAAAAAAACCCAAUCCCUUCAACAAUAUACCUUGGAAAGCAGUCUUGACUUGGCAGUAUUACAAAGCCCUGUCCAUAUCACAGGCAUGCUGUGAAGAUUCCUGAUGGAAAAUAAUGCUGCUUUUGCCAUUAAAGGAGGAUGGUCCACAUUGUAAUCUCAGUUGCACAGGCUGAAAUAUUGAAUGGGGGCUCUGAUAUUGGUGAGAUCAGAAUCUGAUUUAGAGCUUUCCCUGGACUUUUGGCUUGCUUAUAGUCUGAAUCAGUGUUCGGAAGAGAACUGUGACUUCUUAGUUUCACUUGCAGCUAAGUCUGCCACUUCAGCUACUUCUGAUUUUUGCCAGUGAGUAAGGGACAUUAAGUCAUUCUUUGUUUUGAAAAGAUGCUUGUCUCUCUAAGAUGUGAUGACAGUUGCUUGAGAAGAAAAUAUUGUAGACAAAAAGAACUUAUAGACCUGUCUGGAGGUCCUUUCCCAGACAUAAUACCCCCUGCCUUGCAUAAAUUUGCUCUCCAGAAGUGCUAAACAGAGGCCACAUCCUCUGAGGCAUUAAACCUUUCCUCACUUAGAGAUCACAGUGGACCAAAGAUGACAACUUUUGCAUAACUUCUUAAUAAAUGAAAUAACGUUUGCCAAGCUUUCUGCAUAAGCACUUCUGCAUAAAGGACCCCAGGAAAUCUGUAUUUGUAACCUUACCUAUUCUUUGAUUUUGCUACAUACAGUAGCUCCAUACAAUCUUGAAGAACAACCAAUCUUAGAACUUACUUGCUAGUGCAAGAAAACAUUAGAAAUAUGUUGUUAUUAAUCUUUCAUUGUAUUUGAACACUUAGCAUUACCCAACAAGUGAGUGCUUGCACUUUUAUUUAAAAAUGAGUGUGUCAUGUAAUCACUUUUAUCCAAGCCACAGCUUUUUAUAGAUGAAACAUUAAAUACUACAUGAUUUUCAGUGAAAAGUACAAAUGUUAAUAAUAGCGUAUCUCUAUUCCAUAAUGAUUAAUAACAUGCCACAAAAUUGAAUAUUUUCAAAGGAGACCAAAUUUUGAUUAUAUGCUCUACACAGUGCUGUGUUGCUGUGUUUCAAAUUGUCUUGCAAAGAAAUGCAAUUACAGCUUAAAGAACCAUCUGUUAGAAUAAUAUUACUGUGAAAAUAUGGAAUGAGGUAUUGGGAACAAAUUUGUUAUAUCUUUUGGGGUUUAGAAACUUCUCACAUUUACUCUCUUUUUGACUGUCCCUGUUUCUCUACCACCUUUCAUUUAAGGCUCUGUUACAUUGCCACUUCAGAGUGCUGUCAGUUUUUUAGUCCUUUCUUUAGAAACUCAGAUAUUUAUUUAUUUAACAGCUAAGAAAUUAAUAUGAUCUGACUCUUUUAGUAGAGUGAGAGUUUCUUUUUCAAAAUUUGUCUUCCUUCCUGAGAGGGCAAAUAUAAUAAUAUAUAUUAAUAGUAAUCAGAUCUAGCGCUUUUACAGUAGCCAUGGCAUGUUGCACAUGACCAGAAGAAUCACAGUUCUUCAUUCCCCCAAUUUGCCAUCUUCAUCUAAGCAAAAGUAGGGAGACCAAACUAAAAUGCUUGUAAAGACUAGAAUGUACUUCUUUUUGUGGAAUCUUUUUGAGAUCACUAAUAUUUUUUUCCUUCUAAUUACAGAAAUUAUCUUAGCCUAAAGAAAACAAAUACUUGGGGAAAAAUGCAUUUCUCAGUAAAGGAGCAGCCCAGGGCUCAUGAACUCUUUAAAAACUCUUUCAAGUAUUAAUUAGAUGGUGAGUAGGUUUUAGGUGGACUACACAGAGUGCAAGCAACUUACAAUGAAAAUGAAUUUACAGUUUGCAUUAUAAGGUGAGGUUUUUUAAAUAAUCAAGACUUCCCUUUUUCUCAAAACUUUUUUAAGGUUUGGCUUUUUUUGUACUUUGAAGUCCCUUGUUCUCCUUUUCCUCUCAGAGCUCUCGGAGUGCAGUGCCAUAUCUUUGCUUGUUAAGCUAAUUAACAGUAAGGGAAGUGGAAGCAGUGAUUGGUAUCUACCAUCAGACCAUCUCACCAACAUCUUGCUCAGUGCUUUUCAGUCACUAGUUUGGUUAUGAACACAGUCCUUAAUUAACAGUAGACUUCUCAAAAUCUCACUAUAAAUAUUGCCACCUUGGAUGAGCAGGUGCAGUAUAAAAAUACCAUGGAAUCCACAGAAGUAUGCUGUACUGCCACAUGAAUGAUUGUUAGGUUUUCCUGGUUUUCUGCAGUUGUUUUAAUUCCUUGCUCCUCUUCACAGUUAGAAGAAACUCUGAAACUUGAAAGCAGUGGUAGCAUUGGUUCUUGCACAGACUUAUGCUUAAUGGAAGCUCAAAUGAAGAGCCUGAUUUUUUUAUUUUUUUUUUUAAUUGCAGUAUAAAUUAUAUUUUCUUUUAUAAUGCCAACUAAUGCUUAGGGAGACAAAAUAUACAGUAUGGGUUCUCUGCAGUUCAAAUGUAAUGCAUUAAUUUAAGCAAAGCAAACAGAUAAAUUCUUUAUAAGGAAGGGAAACAGACACUAAUAGCCUUCACAGUGUAAGUCUCAAAAGUAAAGCUGACUCUUGCCAAAUAGAGAGUCAGCAGAUACAGACAAAAGUCAGCAGAUAGUAUGGCUUCCACUCAUUUUUCAGCCUCAUUUUCAAAUGCAAGAAAUGUGAGAGAGCUGAUAAAUUUUAAAACUUUGAGGAAAAACUAGCAUAACCUGAAAUGAGAAAAGGAGAGGAAGGGAGAGAGAGACAGCAAAGCCAUCAGCAUGCUAAACAACAGUCUGCUACUGAGUAAAAAUUUACCGAUAAAUAUUAAGGUUGACUAAAAAUAACCUCACAGACUCUGAAGUCCUGUUUAAAGGGACAUACCUGAGGUACUGCAUUUGCCGUAACAAAAACACACAUUGUUUUUAUAUUGCCAACUUAUUACACAUUAAAUAUUUUAAUUUGAUAUGAUUGAUUAAAGUAGUAGCUAUGAUUAAAGUAGUAGCAAUAAAACACUGUCUAUGACUAC